GCAUCAUCAAUCUGAAAGAGAAACUUGGCAAAGAAGCUCAAGGAAACCGACUAGUAUCGGUUUAUCUACAGGCACAGCGCACAACUGCCGCUGAACUUGCCCUUAUCAAUGCGUCGGUUUCUGAUGAGGAUCUUAUUCUUCAUAUUCUUCGUGGCCUUCGCGAGGAAUACGGCCACCUCUCAGCUGCCAUUCGAGCCAGGGACACUCCCAUUGCUAUUGAAGCUUCAUGAUCGGCUUGUGGACUUUGAAGCUGAUCUGGUCACUAUACGGCCUCCCAACCAGGCCCCUACUACAACCUUUUCUUCUGCUCGGGGUCGUAGUUAUGGCCGCUCACCUGGUGUCGCUCGCCGCAACUCCCCAAACUAUUCGUCCUAUGGUUCUGAUGCCUACCUUCCUCGCGAUGACAGCCCUCGCCAUUCGUGCGGUGCUCAAUCCCAUCGUGCAUCUGCCGGUUAUAUGCCUGGUUCUGCUGCUCCGUCCCUCAUUGGCAGGCCCCGCCUUCAAUGUCAAUUCUGUGAUUGACCCGAUCACUCCGCGAAAGACUGCUACCGCAUCCGCGGGCGCCCCCAAGCUCGUCAUACUACUGGCUCUUCUUCAUCAUCCGGGUGGUUGGUCGAUUCUGCUGCUACAAAUCACAUGACCCCCGAUCUUGGUAAUCUCUCUCUAUAUACCAAUUACAAUGGUCCAGAUGAAGUCCUCAUCGCGAUGGGUCAGGUCUGAUUAUUACCCAUGUUGGCAACUCUCAUUUAUCAUCUCCUAUGACACGUUUGCAUCUUCAUAAUGUUUUACGUGUGCCUGCUAUCAAGCGUCGUCUCCUUUCUGUUGCCCAACUGUGUAAGUCUAACCCGGUGUCUGUGGAAUUCUUUUCUGAUUUUUUUUUUGUGAAGGAUCUAGCCACGGGGGCGCACCUACUACGAGGCCAGAAUAGAGGUGAUGUUUAUGAGCUGCCCGCAGAUUCUCCUCCCGUUCGUCUUCCCUUAACCACUACUACCCGGCUCUCUUCUACGAUCUGGCACAACCGGUUGGGACAUCCCCAUGCCAAGCUCCUUUCUCGCGUACUGCGUAAUCAGUCUCUUCCAGUUAUUUCUCCCACAUGUUCUUCUUUGUGUGACUCUUGUUCUCUUCAUAAAAGGCGAAAACUACC